GGAAAAUGGGAGAAAAGAGGGAGGAAAGCAGGGGUUGCGCGGCGCAGCGUCACUGCGCAUACCCGGAAAAACAAGGUAACCACGUGGGUUUGACAACUACCGAAGGAGUCGCCGUCCGCGAUCAAAAUUUGACACAUCACAUAAUGUCACAGGUCCAGCUGGAGUCAUGAGGGGUGGCAGCCGUCGGUCUGGACGAGCUGCGAGGAAGAGGAGGAAAAAACAAGAAAGCAUCGUCCAGACAGUCUCUCUGUGUCACCAGCCGCAGUAUGUGAGGCUGAUGAAGUUCCUUCACCAACGGGGAUUCACCUCAUCGCUGCUGCAGCCUGCCCUCUUCACUGACACAGGCAGAGGACUGCAAGCUCUCAAGACCAUUAAGCCUGGUCAGCUGAUCAUUUCUCUGCCAGAGUCCUGUCUCCUCACUACCUCGACUGUCCUGGACAGCUACCUGGGACAGUAUAUCAAGAGCUGGAAGCCCCGCCUCUCUCCUCUGUUGGCGCUCUGUGUCUUCCUGGUGUGUGAGCGGCAUCGAGGAGAGGCCUCUGAUUGGUUCCCCUACAUUGACGUGCUGCCCAUGGCAUACACCUGCCCGGCCUAUUUCACAGAUGAGGUCAUGGCCGUUCUGCCUACCUGUGUGCGGAGACGGGCUGUAGAGCAGAGGGAGGCAGUGCGAGAAAUCCACUCCUUAAAUCAAGACUUUGUCAAAUCCCUGCAGCCAAUCUUGAGUCAGCCUGUGGAGGAGGUGUUGACAUAUGAAGCCUUGAGGUGGGCGUGGUGCAGUGUCAACACACGCUCUGUCUUCAUGUCCCACCCAUCCAACAGCUUCCUGCUUGGACAGGAUGUUUAUGCUUUAGCUCCAUUUCUGGAUCUGCUCAAUCACCGGCCUGACGUGCAGGUAAAAGCUAGUUUCAACGAUGUGACAAGAUGUUAUGAAAUAAGGAGCGUCUCCGGGACACUCUGCUACCAGCAGGCCUUCAUUAACUACGGUUCCCAUGAUAACCAGCGCCUGAUGCUGGAGUACGGAUUUGUCUCCCCCUGCAACCCCCACAGCGUGGUCUAUGUGGAUACAGGUGUCCUCACUGAUGUUUUAAGAGGUGACAGGAGUUUGGAUCAGAAGAUCAAGUUUCUCAGAGAGAACAAUUUCCUUCAUAAUCUCACCGUGUCCAGUGAAGGUCCCAGUUGGAGGCUGCUGACGGCUCUCAGACUGUUGUCGCUGCCACAAACACUGUAUCACCAGUGGAAGGCAGUGUUGCUCGGCCAGGUGGUGUGUGAAGACAGAGAGGAGUGGAGCAUCCAGACGGCUAAGACUCUCUGUCAGCGACUACUACAAGACACACACACAGCUCUGGAGAAGAUCUCCCACCUCUUGCAGCAGUGUGACCAGCCAGUCAGGGAGCAGCUACAUGUGGCCAUGUCACUGCGACAGGAGGAGAGGUGCAUCCUGGGAAGCUGUCUUGAGGCACUGGGAGACAAGCUGAGACAACCAGAAAAACUGUCGUCAAGUCAAAGAGACGCAAGCUGACAUCUGAUGAGGCUGAACUGGUGAUGCUGGACCUUCUCCAUGUUCCUGUUCUGCUUGUCCACCAGUGCGGCUGACAGCAGGAUUGCCAGAUGUUCUGUAACCACAGGGUCACAGGUUUGAUUCCAGGUGUGCUGAAAGAGGGUCUGUCCUGUUCUGAUGGUCCUGGGCAAGACGGCGAGGCUCUCAUCAGCACCAUCAUUUGAGCCAAGAAAAGGUCAAAGAUACAGUGCACUAAAAUGACUGUAAGCACAGUAUUCUCAUAACCUUCUGGACUCAUGUAAGAGAGAACUGUGAGGAAAACAACUCAUUAGAACCGGCAGGGACGAAUGAGUCAAUAAGGACGGACAAAUCCUCUUAGUCUUAUUUUAUUUCCUGAUUAGACAAAGACAAAAACUGCAACAUUACACAACAUGUUUUAUGGAAACCACAUGAAUUGCAAUUCCUGGUUGGACUGCAAUUUGGAUGUUUUAUAAGCAAAACAUAAAAUGUUGAAAAGAUCAAGAA